AUGGGCAUCGCCUUAAAAAAAUUUACACACUUCUUCUCACCAACAAUGAGCACUACUGGUAAAAAUAGUGACCUUUACCAAAGUACACACAAUCCUAAAAAACAUGACAUAUCGAGAAGUAAUACCAAUGAAUCUGUAGACCAUAUUAAUAUGGAAAAGGCUGCACAGUCUACAGAACAACCAGAGAAGAAACUACAGAAAUCAAGACAGGCUGCUAUACCAAUUGACAAUCGCGCCCCUAAUAACGAUAAAUUUUAUAUCACAGACAUAAUUAAUGCAACAAGAGAUAAAUUGAAACCUCGACUUCCUCUUUCUCCCGUUUCCUCAUCCUUGUCUUCAGCUUCAAAUUCAAAUUCUGGUACUUCCAAAGAUACUCUCAAAAAUGAACAACAAAAUGACAAAAAUGAGAACAUGCAAGAUAGAAAGGUAUCCUCAUCGGCGAAAAUUAACGACAUGAUGAAUGACAGUAAUACCCUUACAACUAUUGGUUCCAAGUUAAAUAAAAUUGUCCAAUAUGGUAAAGAUUAUUCUCUAACCAAAUGGUUAGAAUUAGAGUAUUUAGAAAUUCAAGGUUCCGGUACAUUCGGUUUAGUCUUUAAAUCCAAGAUUAAUGAAACAAAUGAAAUAGUAGCAAUUAAAAAAGUAUUGCAAAAUAACAAAGUGAAAAAUAGAGAAUUAUCAAUAUUAAAGAAUUUAAAUCAUCCAAAUGUCAUAAAUUUGAAAUGUUACUUCAUUGAAAAAUCUAAACCCACAAUAACAAAGAAAAAUGAACCAAUUUAUUUGAAUUUGAUCUUUGAAUUCUUACCACAAUCACUAUACCAAAGAAUUCAACAUUUUAAAACCACAGCCACUAAUAUCCCACCCCUUGAAAUCAAAUGUUACAUGUUUCAACUCUUCAAAGGUUUAAAUUAUCUCCAUAAUUGUAAUAAAAUAUGUCAUAGAGACGUAAAACCUCAAAAUAUCCUAAUAAAUCCAGAUACAUUCCAAUUAAAAAUUUGUGAUUUCGGUAGUGCAAAGAUAAUAAACCCAUUACAGCCAAACGUAUCAUACAUUUGUUCAAGAUAUUAUAGAGCUCCAGAAUUAAUCCUGGGAUCCAUAAAUUAUAAUCAUAAGAUUGACCUAUGGUCAGCAGGUUGCAUAAUGGCUGAAUUGUUCCUUUUGAAACCAUUUUUCAAGGGAAUAAGCGAUAUUGAUCAAUUCGUAGAGAUUAUAAGGGUAAAAGGAACACCCAAUCAAUUUGAAAUUGAACAAAUGAAUGGUAAUUAUAAAGAUUAUACUUUCCCAAGAAUUCAUGGUGUUUCGCUUGGUAGAAUCUUUAAGAAUGUUACAAAUGAUAUGCAUGCCAUUGAAUUGAUGGAAUGCUUGCUCAAAUAUAAUCCUAAUGAAAGACUCGAUUCGUUAAAUUGUUUAUGUCUGCCAUUUUUCAAUGAAUUGAGAACAAAUAUUGGAAUUCCAAAUAAAACUAUCCAAAAGUUAAAUCUAUUUGAAUUUGAUAAAACUUUGGAGUUUAAUCAUUUGAGUCCGAAAGAAUCAAUUGAAAUUGAAUUGAAACUAUUCAAAAAAUCAUAA